CACCUCCCCCAGCCUCCAGCAAGAGGCCAGCAGCCAAGCUGGUAAAAAAGUGCCCAGGCCAGCGGCAGCGGCUGAGGGGAUUGGGAGGAGAGUUGCGCGCGCCUCCAGCCCGCCCCUGGAGGCAGUCCGCGGGACCGCAGGCUGGAGGCGCGCCGGCGUGAUUCCGACCGCGGGAGCCGGGAGGAGGAGCCGGAGGAGGCUGCGGGGGGCUCCUGCCCAGGCGAAGGAAGGGCAAGAGGCUGUUCGGACCGGGGGCGGCGCCGGGAGGCAUCCCCAUCCUCCGGCAGAACAGCUGCGAAUCGCCAAGUUGACCCCUCAUCCCUUCGCCAAGAGGAGAGGGUGUCUCAGGACCCAGGGAUGGGCGGGAAGAAACCAUGGGGAGCCACAAGUCUGCACCCAGGCGGGGAAGAGGCGGGCGGGCGCCGCUCCGCAGGCGCAGGCUGCAGGGCCCGAGGCAGAGGGCAGGGGACUGCGGAUCCGUCCCUGAAGCGGGACGCGAACCGGCAGAGUUGGGAGAAGGUAAACAAGGGCCACGCCCCCUGCCGUCGCCCCGCGGGCGCGCACCCGCCGCUCCGGCCGCCGCCGGUACAUUUCCACUCUCCCAGCGCCUCUCCCCAGCUGGACUCCCGCGCGGCCUCGGAGGUGGAGGCUGCCCCCGACCCCAGUCCUCACCCCUGGCGCCGAGGCUCCGCACCCUCCACACUCACCUGUAAAGGGUGUCCCCCGCCCCUCCAAAAAAAACUGUCUAAUUUGUGCAGAGCCUCCAACCCCAGGAGCCGAGCAUGCUGCCCCCGCGUGCAGCACCCGCGUGCACCGGGCCGGGAGAGGGGGCUACAGGGCGGAGGCGGUGGCCCCCGGAAGGUGUCUGGGACCGGACCGGCUGCACGUGAGCCCAGCGCGAGGUCAUGUGCACCGGCUCAGCCCGGUUCGGCGCCCGGACGUGCUGCGUAUCAACAAAAUGAAACUCGGGGAGACAGGAGGGCAGAUAGCUCCAGGUUCUCAGAGCCCCCGCCCCGGCCGCUCGACCUCCCCACCGUACCCAUCUCCCGCCGCAGCCCCUACGCCCGACCGGAGCCCGCGGGGCAAGUUGCAGCCCUGACGCGCCCCCGCCCGCCCGCGCCCCCUCGCCGGCCCGGGGGCGCUUUGCCGCAGUCAUUAAUAAAGAAGGUCGCCAAGCUCACCCUUCCAAAAGUUGUUGUUGCAUGCGCCCCUCUCAGCCUCCCCGCACUGUACUCUUUAAAACACGACUGACCAACA